CAGAGGCAAGUAGUGACCCAAACACAUAAAAUCGUGUCAUCGUGCGGCUAAUUCCAGUCGACUCCCGAGGGUCGCACAAUUCAUAGAGAAUUUUUUUUUCCCUUCCAAUUCCACUGUCUGAUAACGGACUUUUUGCUUUUCGGGUGUUUUUAAUCAUAAAGUUUUCAGCUGGUAGAUUCCAGCCAUAAAGUGUGGAUAUGGAGAUUGGUGGGAGUGUCCAUAAAAAAAUGCGGGUGUGUGUCAUUGGCGCUGGAGCUGCUGGUUUAUGCGCAGUUCGACAUCUUUCUAGUGAUCUAGUGCACUUCGAGCCCGCUGUUUUUGAAUUGUCGGAUAAGGUGGGAGGUACUUGGGUGUAUGUGGAUGAAACUGGAAAGGAUGAUUAUGGUUUGCCUAUUCAUUCCAGUAUGUAUAAAAAUUUGAGAACCAACUUCCCGACUAAACUGAUGAACUUUCCGGAUUACCAAAUAAUGAAUCAAACCCGUCCAAGUUGUGGUACCCACCAACAGAUCCUGGAUUACCUCAAUGCUUACGCCGAUCACUUCGCAAUCCGCAGAUUCAUUCAGUUCAAUACAAUCGUCGAGUGCGUUCAACCGAUAGUCAAUGGGAAUUGGAGAGAAACCACUUGGAGGGUCACAAUUAGAAAUUUGAAAACUAACAUUGAGGAGGAGAGAGUGUUCGAUGCUAUUAUGGUCUGCAAUGGUCAUUACGCAGUUCCAAGUGUCCCGAAAAUAACUGGAAUCGAGACAUUCCCGGGGGAUGCAAUGCACAGUCAUGAAUACAGGAAGCCUGAUAUUUAUGAUGGAAAAACGGUCAUUGUCCUCGGGGCUGGUCCCUCUGGCGUCGAUAUUGGAAUAGAGAUUGCUAGUCACGCUAAUUUUGUUUAUUUGAGCCACAAUGGCCCCAGAUUAGAGAGUCCAUUACUGACAAAUAUGUCACAAGUCAUGGGAGUCGAAUCCAUAGAUGGAGAUAAAUUCACUCUCAAAGAUGGAACUGUUCUGACUGCUGAUGCUCUCCUAUACUGCACGGGAUACGAAUUCGCAUUUCCGUUUUUACAUGAGGAGUGCAAAGUCAGGGUUGAUGAUAAUUUUGUUACCCCUCUGUGGAAGCAUUUGAUUAAUAUUGAGCAUCCCAAGAUGUGUCUUGUGGGAUUACCCUCGAGAGUCAUUCCUUUCCCGCUGUUUCAUCUGCAGGUCGCAUUUUUCCUGGCCUUAUUAAGGGGCACGAUUGACCUGCCCUCCAAAGAAAUUAUGCUCGUGGACACAAGACCUUUCAGUGAAAAACGUCAUGGACACGUCCUGGGAAAUCGCCAGUGGAAGUACAAUAAUCAAUUAGCCACUCUAGCCGGUAUGAAUACACUCCCGGAAUUCUAUGAGAAUGGGUACACGGAGUGGAACAUUCAGAAGACCAGCAAUCUCCUGAAGUACAAAGAUGCGGAAAUUGUCAUUGAGGGGGAUGGGAAGACUGUGCGUUUCGUAAUGGAGAAGUGAUAAAAGUGUGAGUAGUCACUCGAAAAAUUGACAAUACUUUGUGAAGUACAAUAUUUUUAUUACAUAAUGUGAUAAUGAUGAUUAAUUAUAGAUAAUAAAAUUUCAUUAUUUUAAAUAUAA